GUUUGAUGUGCCACAAUGAUCAGAGGGCUGGCUACUUUCAUUCUUCUAGGGGCAGUAUUUGUGAUUCGAACCCUGGAGCUUCCUGAAGAAAUCCCCUUGAUUGAGGCAGAACUUGGUGAUAAUGUGACUUUCAUGUGUUUCUCUCAAGAUUUUGACCAGGCAUUGGUUUACUGGUAUAAGUAUCGAUAUGGGUAUAUGAUCCAUACGAUUCGAAUGGGCAGCUUUGGACAAUUUAAAGAACAAUUUGACAACUCAAGAGUCAAGGCUAUGAAAAAAGAUGAUAAAUAUAUCAUUCUAAUGAUAACUAAUGUCAGCAAAGAGGAUGAAGCCACUUACUUUUGUCAGGCAGGUUCUUCAUACAACAUGGAAUUUGUCAAUGGGAGUCAUCUAGCUGUGAAAGGCCCUAAAAAUAAGCCAAAAUCUGGCUUUGUGAAGCAGAGUUCAAACCUGGAGUUGGUUCUGCUGGGAAACACAGUGAAUCUGCAGUGUUCAGUUCCAUCCAAAAUGAAUCGGUGUGCCGGAGAACGCAGAGUUUACUGGUACAAAGCUGGGUCUAAAUCUCAUACAGACAUCCUUCAUACAACUAGUUUCAGCUGUGAUGAUCCAGAAGGGAGAUGUGUCUACAAUCUGUCCAAAACAAUACAGACAGUCUCUGAUUCUGGCGUUUACUUCUGUGCCGUUGACUCCUGUGGAGAAAUCCUGUUUGGUGAUGGAACCAGAGUGAAGAUAACAGACAUACAGUGUCCACAUAUCAGCAUAUUUGGAACACUGUUAGCCUGCAGUGUACUUCUGAAUGUUGCAUUAUUUCUCGCAAGACUGAGGCUAAAAGGAAUUUAUACGCUCUGCAAAGGCGAUGUUGCAAGUUCCAGUCAGGCUGAACAGCUUGGAUCAGGUGAAGACCAACCAAACUAUGGGGAUUUGGAGGGAACAGAGAUGUGUUAUGCAGCCUUGGAGUUCGUGCCAGGACGUCCCAGAAGACCCAAAAUCACAGAAAAUCCAGCAGAGGACUAUAUAUAUUCACAGACGAUAGCAGUUUUUAAAAGAAGAGUUCAUGAAGAGUGAACAUAUUGUGCUAUUCCAUAACACAAGAAAAGAGUACUAUGAAAUUUGAAGCAAAUGUAAAAUUUGAAUUUUUUUUUUGUUUUUGCUUUUUACAUUUUAUUCUAUUUUACUCUUUUGGUAAUUUUCUUAAAUCAACUCCAACUUCUAUAACUACUUCUAUAUCCAAAUGUUUUGUGUGUUUUAUUCUUUUUUUUUACUUUUUAGUUACAAAGUUUAACUAAAGCACAACCAUUAAAACUUUCUCCAUCCUCAUCAUCAGUCUUUUGUUACAACUUUCUCUUCCCAUUUCAACCUAUUUCUUUGAACUUAAGAAAUCACUUUUUCUUUUUCUUUUUUGUACCCCAUGUCCAUUUUACCUUAUGGAGUCCUUAAAGCAAUGGUGUCAAACUCAAUCACACAAGGGAGCCCAAACACAUCUUAGGUUGCGUAACAAAAUUAUUCAAACUUUAAAAACAUAAUUUUUUAACAUAACAAUGAAUGAAAAAAAAG